AUGCAUUUUGCUAUUCUCCUUGCCCUGGUCGGGCUCGCAGCGGCUGCUGUACACGAGCAUCAGCUCAUCUGGAGAAAAUCCAGAAAGAUCGAAAUGAUCGAACGAGGAGAAUAUGCAGCAUUCUUGGAGUAUCGUAACGCACUCAGAGCUGCAAAUCUUGCUAGCACUGGCUCACAACAGGUAUUCGACUAUGGAGACUAUGAGUACAUCGGCAACAUCUCCAUCGGUACUCCAGACCAAAACUUCAUGGUUGUGCUAGAUACUGGAUCGGCCAAUCUUUGGGUACCAGAGACUGCUUGCGACACAUCAUGCAAUAAGAAGCACAAGUUUGUCUCAACAAAAUCCACCACCUUCGUAAGCAGCACGAAGACAUGGACUAUCACCUACGGUUCUGGAGAUGCUAAGGGUGUUCUUGGCACAGAUACCGUGAAAUUCGGUGGACCGAGUGAUAAGCAACUCAUUGUUCCAAAAACCACCUUCGGACUGGCUACACAUAUUUCGUCGGAUUUCAAGAAUGACCCAACUGAUGGCAUCCUUGGUCUUGCUUUUACUUCCCUUGCUGUAGACAAAGUUGUACCACCACUCAUCAACGCCAUCAAUCAGAACCUGCUCACCCAACCGCUGUUCACCGUAUGGAUGGAGCACCGAGGAAAGCUUGAAGGUACCGUCGGUGGACUUUUUACCUAUGGAGCCGUUGAUACCAAAAACUGUGGACCAGUCAUUGCUUACCAACCCUUGUCAUCUGCAACUUACUACCAAUUCAAGAUGGCCGCAAUCGGAAUGGGAUCAUACACGAGCUCAAAGGUUUAUGACGUCAUCUCUGACACUGGCACCUCUUUCAUCGGAGGACCCAAGACUGUGACUGAUGCUCUUGCCAAAGCAGCUGGAGCCAAGUACAGCGCCCUUCAAGAAUCUUACACCAUUCCUUGCACGGCCAAGCCACCUACUCUUGACAUCACUAUCGGAAGCAACAAAUACAGCAUUGACCCCGUUAACUACAUCGUCAGCGCUGGCACUAACCAAUGCUUGUUCGCAAUCUUCCCAUUCGAAUUCGGAGGUUUCGGACCAUCAUGGAUUCUUGGUGAUCCAUUCAUUCGUCAAUAUUGCAACAUCUACGAUAUUGGACAGAAGCGUAUGGGAUUUGCCAAAUCACUGCAGAAUACAUUCUUCGAAGAUGAUGAUCAACACGACGAUCAAAAGGGAGCUGCGAAUUACAAGUGCCAAGUAAUGCUAAUAUUGGUUUCAUUUAUAGUUCUGCAUUAGCGCUGCACUGACUCUAUUGUAUCGCAAUAAUGCCGUAUUGUUCCUCUAUCUCUUCGCCACUUUGUUCAACUAUUUUCAUGCUCAGUAACGUGACAGCUACAAUGAUG